CUAAUAAUAUGCUCUUCUAGAGUUCUGAUAGUAAUAGUACUAUAAGUAAAUGCUACUCCGUAAUUAGCACAAAUUCAGCAUAAUUAAAUUAACCAAAAAAGAUUAACCAAAACUCUCAAAAUUAAAAAAGAUGAGCAAUAAUCAAUGGUCAAUUUUACGUGGGAGUACAUAUGGAAAAAUGUACACACUUAAUUUUGAUGGAUCACAUAAUAAUCAAGCAAACAAAUGUGGUGCUGGUUGUGUUAUAAGAGACAGCCAAGGAGAAUUGGUUGUUGCAGCUGCUUAUAAUCUUACUGAAACUUAUUCCGAAUAUUGCAACGUUGCUAUUGUUGAAGCUGUUGCUCUUUGUAACGGGCUGAAGUUGGCGAAAGAACGUAACCUCAACCUCAAUCUCAUUAAAGGGGAUAAUACGGAGGUCAUUGAUCUUGUGUUGGGCCGUAGUCGAAGCCCAUCUAGACCGCAGUUAAGCGGGAUCAUUCAACAGAUUGUUGGUAUGAUCGAUUGCUUUUCUCAGAAGAUCGUGCCUAUUAACAGAGAAGCUAAUCAAGUUGCGGAUAAGUUGGCAUCUUGGGGGUGUAACAGGCUUCAAGAAGGGGGUCGUAAGAUCUAUACCACCUCUGCUGAUCUUCCUCCUCAGGUGGCUGAGCUUAUAAGAAAAGAGAAAUCAAUCAGCAGCAGAAAUAUAGAGCGGCAUGACGGAGAGGGGAGUAGCUUGGUCGAAGAUGUCGUUAAGGUAGGGGCCGCGGUUUCUGGAGUAGUAAAGGUAGCACGGGGACUAUGGGAUAUGUACAAGCUCAUGUCUGGUGAAAGCUCUUCAUCAGAAACAGAAAGGUAUGAUCAUUGUACCCUUCAUUACAGUGGAUCUGACAGGAAUCAAGUCCGAAGCAGGGGUGCAGGCUGUGUAAUUAGAAAUGAACAUGGAAACCUUGUAAUCGCGGCAGCUUACAACCUUGAUCAUCUCGACGAAUAUAAUGUUGCUAUAGCUGAAGCUAUUGCUUGGAGGAACGGGUUAGAGUUGGCCAAAACCCAAAAGGUUAAACUUGAUCGUAUAAAUGGUGAUAAUGAGGAGAUCAUAAAGCGCGUGCUUGGCCUAGAGCGGAAGCCUCCUUGUUUCCCUUCCUUGAAUGAGAUUAUCGACGAGAUUAAAAAGGCUCUAUGCGAACAAUCGAUUGACCCUAGAUCCCAGGUCCAACGCAUUGGAACAACAGCUAACAAAACAACUAAUGAAUUGGCAAUUUCGGGGUCUAAACUUGGGUUUCGUAUGGAAAAGAGUUAUGACAAGGAAGAAGAUCUUCCUUUUAAGGUUGCCCAGUCAUUCCAGCAAGAUAAAAAAAUGUGGAGGAAUGGUGUCAUGGCCGGUUUUUGCUAUGCAACGUACUAGUUUAUUUGUGUCGCUGUCGUGUAUGUGCCAAUAAUGUGUGUAUGGUACACCGGACUUUGGUACAAUAUGUAGUAAAGCUCUGCCUUCUGAAUUGCUCAGUAAUAUAAUGUAGUAGUACUCCGUAUGUGUUGUGUGUCGCCUGUCGCGUGCCAAUGUGUGUAUGUUACACCGGACUUCAACUUUGUUGGUAUGGUGUAAAGCUGUGUGCCUUUAGAAGUGUUUAGUUGAUUCAGCAAGAUCAAGUAUUUAAGGGGCUGGACUUACUUUGGUAUGAGCUCUUCCUUGGGGUGAUAAGUUGAUUCAGAAAGAUCAAAUAUAUGUUUUACGGAAGCGACUUUCAAAUAAGUAGUUUAUAUUUUUGUAAUUUAUGAGUGUUUUGUUAACAUGUAAUGAAAACUUGUUCUCAAAUAAAAAUCACAACACAUAUGUAGUA